UGGAACGAAAAUUUUUUGGGGCUUUUUAAUCUUAAUAGCGAUCCUUGAUUUCAAUUAAAUAUAAUAACCCUCAUUCACUCUUUUGAUGAUGUUUAACCAUGGAAUUAAGUAAUUUUAUUUUUGUAUUUCCUGACUUUUUUACUAUCGUUACUGCAGUAAUAGUUUCUCAAGUCAUUACCACGUGUUACUAUGCUUACAAUAUCUUUGGUAGACUUCAAAUGCAACUUCGUAAUACCUUAUUUUUAACACCGGAAAGAAGAGAAUCUUUAGCAUAUGAUGAACCACAAACUGGACCAUUGGCGAGUAUCAUUGCUACAAUUAUUCUGACUUUAAUUGUUCAUGAAAUACAAUAUGUUUAUAAAAUUGAAAAUUAUUCGACUGCAAUUAUUAUAAAUUUAUUUUUAUGGUUUGUUGUGAGUGCUUUAUCGUUUACACGAUACGUUUCUUAUAACUUACCCGUAUUAUUGUUCCUAAUUGACACGCUACAUGAUUGUGUCCAAUUGUUAGGAAUAGCUAUAACAAUACAAUAUUUCAUUAAUAAGAACUCGAAAUAUUUUUAACAAAAUAAGUUUUUAAUAAUAUAAUUUUUAAUCAAACAUAUUAAGAAAAUUUUCCAUAAA